AUGAAGCUAGAUGUCAAUGCGCUUCGUUAUUUGUCUAAAGAUGACUUCCGCGUUCUUACGGCUGUUGAAAUGGGCCAAAAGAAUCACGAGCUCGUUCCAUUAGAGCUUAUAGACAGCAUUUCUGGACUAAAGCAUGGCGGCGCUUUCAAAAGCAUUAAGACGCUCAUGCGGCACAAGCUUUUGCACCAUGACAGCAAGUACUAUGAUGGAUAUCGGCUCACGUACAUGGGCUAUGAUUUCUUGGCCAUCCGCGCUCUCGUUAGCCGCGGGCACAUUAGCGGUGUCGGCCGCCAAAUUGGCGUCGGCAAAGAGUCGGACAUCUUCGAAGUGACGAACGACGAUGGGGAGGUCUUCGCCCUCAAAUUGCAUCGCCUUGGCCGCACGUCUUUCCGCGCUGUCAAGUCCAAGCGCGAUUACCUGGGCCGGCGCCAGAACUACAGCUGGCUGUACCUCAGCCGACUGGCCGCGCUGAAGGAGUACGCCUUCAUGAAAGCGCUGUACGAACACGGCUUCCCAGUUCCCCAGGCGAUUGACAACAACCGCCACGCGGUUCUGAUGGGACUAGUUAACGCCCGACCCAUGGUUCAGAUCCGCGCCAUGGCCCACCCCGCCCGCGUGUACCUCUCCUGCAUGGACCUCAUAUCCCGAUUGGCGGCGAAGGGACUCAUCCACUGCGACUUCAACGAAUUCAACUUGCUCAUCAAUGAAGAUGAGGAGCUGACCCUCAUUGACUUCCCACAAAUGGUGUCCAUCACUCACGCAAACGCUGAGGAGCUCUUCACGCGCGACGUCGAGUGCAUCAUCCGCUUCUUUAGCAAGAAAAUCGGCUAUGUACCUGAGCAAGACAAGAGCCUGCCGUACGUACGACCCGCGUUUGCCGACGUGGCGGCGGCCGCUGCCGCGGCGGCAGCGGCGGACGGCGAGGGGGUGUUGGAUGUGGCGUUGGAGGCGAGCGGGUUCCAGAGGCAGCAUCAGAAGGUCCUAGAAGAGUAUCUGGCUGAAGUUGUGGAGGCAGGGGAGGACGGGGACAGCGGAGGAGAGGAGGGUGAAGAGGAAAGCGAGGAGGAGGUGACGGCGGAGGGGCAUCUAGAGGCCGAGCGACGUGUGGCGAACCGAGAAGCGGGGGGAAAGGAGGACGGGGAGGAGGAGGGAGGGGGAGGCGGCACUAGCGGGCGUGAAGGCAAAGGGAGAGAUGUGGACGGGGCUGGGGGGGUGGGCAGCGCUGCUGGGUUGGGCGAAGAGGACCAGGAAGAGGCGACGGGGGAGAGUGAUGUGGAGGACCGGUUGGGGCGGUUGGCAAUGGGCACGGCAGCGGACGGGUCACCGCAGCGACGUGAAAUACGGAGCAAACGGAGCGGCGGAGGCGGAGGCGGAGGCGGUGAGGAGGACGACGAGGAGGAGGCGGGGGCCAGAUCAUCUGAUGAGGCGAUGAGCGUCAAGAGCGGCGCAAUAAGUGAUGAGGGGGAGGACGAGGACAGCGCGAGUAGCUGUGAUGACGGCGACGGUGGUGAGGGCUCCCGGCGGCGGCGGAGCGGCGGUCGAGAAUGCGGUGGGGGCCAUCGGGCUGCAGCUGCCGGAGGGGGCCGGCGUCAACGUCUUGGCGAGCAUGAGGUGCAGCAGAUUGUGGCGGCCCAACGACGAAAGCAGGGCCAGCGGCAGGCCAUGUCGCGAGCCAGUCGCAACGCCUCCAAGAACUCCAACAAGGCCGGGAGCCGGAGGGGCGGCGGCAAGUCGGCUGGUGCGGAUGGCUGGUAGGCUGGUAGGGGGUCAGCGGCUGCCGGGAUGACAAACGUGGUGGUGGUAGCGAGGAAAGAGGGGCCCCCGACGGGUUUCGAAAACCAACCAACGACUGCAUUCCUGGACUGGCGGCGGCGUGUCCGCAAUUAUAAGCCUUCGUUAUUGCAUGCAUGUGACUGUACGACAGCGCUGUACUACUAAAUAGUGAUCGAAGGUAUUCUUUUGAUAUUUAUAGCGGCAUAACACGGGUGACGACGCGGCAUAUGAGGAUAUGCGGAGAUGUGGUUUGGCCGAGGAGGUUUGGUAGGUAGAGGGGUAACGUAGGUCAGCAGCUAGGCAGGAUUUCUUAAGAGCAGCUCUCGUCCGACAAGAAAUGGGGCUUGGUUGGAGGAGGGCACAGCCGCCUAAGGGAAGGCGCAACCGGCUGUGGGGGACUCUCGCAGCUUUUAUUGUAAGGUAUCCACCCGAGCCGCUUAGGAGCGGCGGCGGAGGGAC